UUCGGAACGGGGCAAGUCCCAAGUGGCGUCAGUAGGUCACUGGGACGCGGCUCGCAGCCGCAACGAGGCCCACUCGCACGCUCAGUCAGUCCCCGCCGGCCAGGACAGCCACUCCGGGCCCCACAAGUCACACAUCCCCACUGCAGAAGUCGCGGGACCAUUUGGGCCCACGAGAGGCCCAAAAAAAAAUUUUUUUCGCUAAAAAAAGUGCCGACAGUCGGUAUCAAAAGGAGAAAAUAACGCGAUCACUUCCGGGAAAAAAUAGGAAAAAAAUCAAAACGCAGACCUGGACAUCCGGGUCGACUUGUGAUAUAUAUUUUUUUCUUGAUAUCGUUUUAUGAGAACUUACGAGUGAUCAAGUGAGAAUACACACACUCAACCACCAUGGAAAUAACGCGGAGGAGUUUAUGGCGAGCCAUUUUCAGUUGUCUAUUGCUGGCAUGUAGUGUAAAAUGCGAGGCGCCAUUGGUGGACAGUAGCGCCCUGCCACUUGAGCACAGAUCAGUAUACGGCCCAUCAGCCCAAUACGGUCCCCCUGGUCACGGGGCCGAGGAGAAUUGGCCGCUGGCGUCACCCGACACUCCGCAAAUAAAGCACCUCCAGGUCCAAUGCGAGAAGACCCACAUGCGAGUGAACAUCGAGUUCGAUCGUCCGUUCUACGGAAUGAUCUUCAGCAAGGGCUUCUACUCGGACCCCCAUUGUGUCCACUUGAAGCCGGGAACAGGACACUUGAGCGCCACCUUCGAGAUCUUCCUGAACUCCUGCGGCAUGAGCAGCUCAGCCAAUCACAAUGUCGCAGCGUACGGCGCCCCAACGCCGUCAGGAAGCUACGUCGAGAACACCAUCAUCAUCCAGUAUGAUCCCUACGUUCAGGAAGUCUGGGAUCAGGCCAGGAAGCUUCGGUGCACUUGGUACGACUUCUACGAGAAGGCGGUUACGUUCAGGCCCUUCCAGGUGGACAUGCUGCACGCAGUCACUGCCAACUUCCUCGGGGACAAUCUCCAGUGCUGGAUGCAGAUUCAGGUUGGCAAGGGCCCCUGGGCCUCCGAGGUCUCCGGCAUCGUCAAAAUCGGCCAGACUAUGACCAUGGUCUUGGCUAUUAAGGAUGACGAGAACAAAUUUGAUAUGUUGGUGAGGAACUGCGUCGCUCACGACGGCAAGAGGGCGCCUAUUCAGCUUGUUGAUCAGUACGGUUGCGUCGUCAGGCCCAAGAUCAUGUCAAGAUUCCAGAAGAUCAAGAACUUCGGCCCAAGCGCAUCCGUCGUAAGCUUCGCGUACUUCCAGGCGUUCAAGUUCCCUGACAGCAUGAACGUCCACUUCCAAUGUGUCAUUCAGGUCUGCAGGUACAACUGUCCCGAGCCCAAGUGCGGACAUCCGGGUCUUGAAUACGCGGGUGGAGCUGCUGGAAUCUCAUCAGAAUACGGAUCGCCGGUGCAUCAAGGUCUUGGCUCGGAGUACGGUGCACCACCAGUCCCUGAAUAUGGAGUUCCGCCUGCAUACCCUGACCCUCGUCAUCCCAGUGGACCCGCUGGUGCAUACAGUGAACCAAAUCCUGACAUAGUGCCAGCCCCACAAGCUCAGACUUCCUCAUCCUCGCCGAGUUCAACGACAGGAGACUCCCCAGCCAGCAGUUCUCCGCAGAGCCCUCAAGACAACAUUCACCUGCCACCACCACCUCUCCCCGGACAUCCUGCAGGAGCUUACCAAACAGUCAAGAGGAAGGGAACUGUGGGGCCUGAUGAACUCGAAGGCAAUCUCGCGACUCUCGGUGGACGGCCCAGAUCGGUUGAAGGAAUGCCAGCAGAAUUGAGAGGGGCCAGGAGACGGAGGAACGUCGACAUCAUCGAGAUAGAUCCCAGUCUCUUCCAUGAGAUGACAGUGGUCUCGUCGCACGUUUACAAACGCGCAGCCCAAGAGAUGACCGACGUAAACACGUCGCGAAUAAUUCAAGUAGUAGCUCCAGGAGACGUAAACUUCGCUCUUGGUGCAGCGAGCACAAGCAACGACACAACAGUCGUGAUUUCCAAUUCAUCAGCCGAUCCGGAGACGAUCUGCAUGUCGUUACCCGGUUUUGUCGGUGGUCUGGUGAUGCUUCUCCUCGUGAUCAUCGUCGCAUCCCUCGUCGCCGCAUUCCUCUUUGUCCGAGUGCGAGCCGUCGAUCGUAAGAACGCCGCCGCCAGCAGUCCCUACGCUCACGCCAUUUACCCACCGGACGCCUGCAACAUUCCAAAUCCCGAAUUCGUCAAAGUCGCCAAUUGCUCAUCAUAAUGUCGAAUCACCUCGAAGCGCCUCGGAGAGAGAUGACGGAGGACAAUUUACGACUGAGAACAAAUUGUCCUGUGCAUCGUCCUCAUGAUCGUUGGCCCAUAAUUCAUUGAAAUCAUUUAAUUAUCAUCUUGCGGUUGAAUUUUCCCUUUCAGGAAUUCUUCAUGUAAAUAAGAUCUCGAGAUUUAGUGAAGAGUCUCGUGGUAUCUAAAGCGCGAAGCGAAAGGAUCCAGUCAAAAAUGUGAAGAUCAUUAUCAAGUGCGCUUUGCUCAUCGACGAAGCACCUGUCAGCGGUAUAAUCGAUUAAUCGGCGGUUGUAUCGUUGGGUCUCGGUGUCUCGUCGAUGAGCAUCAGGCGUCGUUCUGGUGGAGUCAGUGUAUAUAAUUAGCAGGGCAGCUCAGCAGAACUCCACCAGAAUCUCCAACGAGGCUAUCCCUGCCACCUGAUUAUUAUUCCUUCAAAAAUAAUCAUUACUCAAUCAUUUUUUUAUUUAUGUACUUGCGUAACUCUUCUAUCGAUUCUUCAUACCUCAUUUCACCUUCUCAGUCUAGGGUACUUUGGCUAACUUCGAGGUAUCAUUCAAUUUUAAUUUAUUUAUUCUUUUUGUGAUUACGAAUUGAAGGUCUACCUCGACGGCCCAAAAUACAUCGAUCCCGCUGGUUUUUUUUUUGUCAUUUUGAUGUGUCAACUUCAGCUGUAUUCUUCGAUACUAAUGCAAUCGAAUCGCGAUAUUUGGGAACGAAUGCGCUACGAGAUUGACCAUAACUUAACUUAUUUUUUUCUGUCUGUCACCAUUCAAUUUCAUUUCUACUUCUCUACUUCAAACACCUCUUGAUUUAAGUCAUUACGAUGAUGCAUAUUCCCGAAAUGCUGGGGAUGCGGUUUAUGUACGUGUUGAUUGCACGAUAAAAUUUGGUGAGCGUGCGAAAUGCUGGAAAAUGGUAGUUAUGUGGUCCGGAGGAGAGACACGGAUUCAACGUGUUACUACAAUUAUUUUGAUAAUUAAUAUGAAUAUAUUAUAAUUUUUAUUUA